AUGUGUUGGGACCUGAUGAUUUUCCAGCUUCUUUACACUUCAAAUGGCAUACUUUACUACCCACUUCGCACUAGUUUUAACAAGUCUCUCACAAAUGGGAAUUUACCUUCGGUUUGGAAUAUUAGCAGUGUUAAGCCGUUCUUAAAAUCGGUUGAUCCUACUCUAAUCACAAAUUAUAGACCUUUAGAAAUUAAUCUUCUUUUUAUUGGUAAAGCGUUUGAACUUUUAGCUCUAACAAAAGAUUAA